AUGGUAGGCAAGGGACAGUCCGAACUCGCGUCCAACAUCUACAUUUAUCAACAUAUCGACCAUCAACACAUCGACCAUCAACACAUCAACCAUCAACACAUCGACCAUCCACACAUCUACCAUCAACACAUCGACCAUCAACACAUCGACCAUCAACACAUCUACCAUCAACACAUCGACCAUCAACACAUCGACCAUCAACACAUCGACCAUCAACACAUCGACCAUCGACACAUCUACCAUCAACACAUCAACACAUCUUCCAUCGACAAAUCGACCAUCAACACAUCUACCAUCAACACAUCGACCAUCAACACAUCUACCAUCAACACCUCGACCAUCAACACAUGGACCAUCAACACAUCGACCAUCAACACAUCGACCAUCAACACAUGGACCAUCAACACAUCGACCAUCAACACAUCGACCAUCAACACAUCGACCAUCGACACAUCGACCAUCAACACAUCUACCAUCAACACAUCGACCAUCAACACAUCUACCAUCAACACCUCGACCAUCAACACAUCGACCAUCAACACAUCGACACAUCGACCAUCCACACAUCUACCAUCGACACAUCGACCAUCAACACAUCUACCAUCAACACAUCGACCAUCCACACAUCGACCAUCAACACAUCUACCAUCAACACAUCGACCAUCAACACAUCGACCAUCAACACAUCGACCAUCAACACAUCUACCAUCGACACAUCGACCAUCGACACAUCAACCAUCAACACAUCGACCAUCCACACAUCUACCAUCAACACAUCGACCAUCAACAAUAGUAUAUCACUAG